UUUUUAGAUCGUUUUUGUGGAUUUGAAUAUUAGGAAGACGAAUAAGAAAUUCCUUUGGUAUGAUCGUUUGUAUGGACUGAAGACAUUUUAUUAGAAGCGGAUUGCCUCGGCCAGGUGUGAAACCGCGCCCGAAUGAAGCGCCAUGUCCGAGAGCGUGUCCGGCGGCAUCAGCUGAGAGUGUCCACUCGGUGCUAGAUGACCAAGACGAUGCUUUUCCCGUAUGCCGCAUUCUUCUGCUGCCUUUGGACCUUGGCCAGUACGGAUGUCAAGCUCAUCACCAGGGAAGACUUGAAACCUAGCAUCGAUGUUUUCACCCAAGGAAACGUGAGAUCGUUUGGUCAACUACUAUUUGACAUCCAGAGAUACCAACUUAUCGUGGGAGCCAGAGAUUAUUUAUUUAGAUUGAGCCUCGAAGGUCUGAAAAGAUUAGAAGAAGCUCAUUGGCCUGCUGAUUCUCAAAAUGUCACCACUUGUCUCUUGAAAGGAAAAAGUGAGGAGGAUUGCCGUAACUACAUCAAGGUGCUUGUGAGCCAUGGAGGAAAGCUCUUCACCUGUGGUACGAAUGCUUUCAUGCCCGAAUGUUCUUGGAGAGAAAUCAAUCCGGUGCGUACAGUGGUACAGUGGGUGGACGGCACGGCAAAGUGUCCGUACAGCCCUUACGCCAACAACACAGCCCUCAUGACGUCCAGUGGGGACUACUACACUGCCUCAACCAUCGACUUUUCGGGCAGAGAUCCGGUCAUUUACAAGAUCAUGGGCAAGCCACCAUUCCUCAGGACUGUGCAGUUUGAUCCCAAAUGGCUCAGUGAUGCAAAUUUUGUGUCUUCAUUUGACAUCGGAAAUUUCACUUAUUUUUUCUUCAGGGAAGCAGCUGUCGAAUACAUGAAUUGUGGAAAAGUCGUCUAUUCUCGUGUGGCUCGCAUAUGCAAGAACGAUCAAGGGGGACAGUUUCUCCUGAAGGAUAAAUUCACAACAUUCCUGAAGGCUCGCCUCAAUUGCUCCAUUCCCGGAAACUAUCCCUUUUACUACGACGAGAUCCAGAGUGUCCACUAUGUGGAACGGGAGGAUAUUUUCUAUGCCACUUUUACAACACCAGUGAAUAGCAUCUACGGGACUGCCGUAUGUGUCUACAAUAUGUCGUCUAUCCUAGCUUCUUUUUCGGGUGCUUUCAAGUUCCAGAGCAACCCCAAGGCAGCUUGGGAGAGGCAAACUUCUGCCCACAAGCAUUUCCAGUGUGAGAAUCCUGGCCACCACGAGCAGUUUCUAGACUCUGAGAAGUACCAAUUGAUGAAUGAUGCUGUGCAGCCAACUACCUCCAGACCUCUCUUGACUCUCGAGUUACAAAGGUUCAGCCAGAUUGUCGUGGACAGCAUCCAGACCAAAGACCACGAUAGCGUGCACGUAAUGUUCGUUGCCUCUGUGGAAGGAAUCCUGUGGAAACUUUUAGUAGUUCCCCACUCGCAGGAGACAUGUGUUAUAGAAAAGAUCAAAAUUUUUGAAGAUGGAAGCCAGGACUCCAUCAAAGUUCUCAAACUGCUGAAAGAUACGAAUUCCCUAUAUAUUGGAACAGAAGAAUCUGUUUUGAGGAUUCCUGUUCAUAGAUGUGGCCGAUUCCAUACGAAAAGUGAUUGUCUCUCAGCCCGUGAUCCUUACUGUGGUUGGAAUGAGUAUAAACUGGCUUGCACGACAGCACCCAGCAGAAAUCCUCUCAGUGCAUUCUGGCAUCAAGAAAAAACUACAUGCCCAAGUACAGACAUCCCAGUGGAUGGUGGUUGGAGUUCUUGGAGUACUUGGUCUGAAUGCUCACAGAUGGAAAAUAUGGGCCUGGGAGACAGAUGCAUGUGUCAAACGCGAGCUUGCAACAAUCCCUCUCCGUCCAAUGAAGGGAAAGGUUGCGAGGGGACUUCCGUAAACGUGGCCAAUUGUACCAGAAACGGGCAGUGGACUGAGUGGUCAUCAUGGUCAUCUUGCUCACAUUCUUGCGGUCUCGCCGUCAAAUCUCGUCGGAGAGUAUGUGGGAACCCCGCUCCUGCUUUCGGCGGAAAAAUUUGCAUUGGUCCGGAGAAAGACGAAAUUUACUGCACAUCGAAUCCACCUUGCCCAGCACCCGUCAUCCCGGCCGUGGACGGUCACUGGUCCGAGUGGAGCACGUGGGAGGCGUGCAGCGCCCCCUGCGGGGGCGGCGUGCAGUUCCGGCGUCGGCGCUGCAACAGCCCCCCUCCGGGUCAGGGCGGCCGCGAGUGCCUCGGCUGCAGCCAGGACUUCCGCUUCUGCAACGACCAGCCCUGCCCGGAGGUGAGGAAGAGCUCCGCCUGGACGCCCUUCCUGAGGGCCAACCGGACCAGGGAGGGCCACUUCGAACAGCGCUUCCGGUUCACGUGCAAGGCGCACGUGCAGGACGAGGCGCUCCUCAAGGCGGUGCACCUGAGGAGGGAGGAGCGCUUCUGCAGGGAGGGGACCCAGGACUGCCUCGAUUCCACUUUUGGCAACGUGGAUGGGGAUUGGUCUCAGUGGUCCUCCUGGUCCCCUUGCAGUAGCAGCUGUGGAGGUGGGGUGCAGUAUAGGGAGAGAGCCUGCGACAAUCCCAAGCCAUCUGGGACUGGAGCGGACUGUUCUGGCCCCUCUCGACUCGACAGAGUCUGCAAUACGGACCCGUGCAUUGAUGUUGAAGGCUGGGAAGAUUGGUCUGUGUGGUCACUGUGUGACAUCAACCAAGAACAGUACCGCAAAAGAAAGUGCAAGCUACCGCAAUCUGCCGCAAGAUACUGCACCGGAUCCACUAAAGAAAUUCGGAUGUGUAUUCCCGGACAAUCUGGUAGCCUCUCAACUGCUGAAGUCAGAGCUCCCGAGGAUGGGAUCCAUGCUGCUCACGUGGUGGGAGCCUUCACAUGCGGACUCAUCGUGGGCACACUCUUGUCUGCCCUGGGCAUUUACUAUUACAUGAAACGGAGGGCAAGAGGUGGCAACAGGGCCCACACGAGGGUGGCGCGGCAGCUCAUCCCAGUGAAAUCCAACACCUACGUCGAUGGCAACGAGUGGCAGAACAAUUUCUCCGGGAAAAUGUCCCCCCAGAAAAUCCCACUCAGGGAGGCCACCAUCAAACGUAAUGGCACCCUCAGGGCACAACUAACGACGGAACAUUUUUGAUCCUCCACAGCAUUUUUGUUGACUCCAGUGGAGGAUGUGUGUGCCAAUAAGAGCUUGACAUAUCAACGACAUAAAAUCCAAGAUCAUUUCCGCCCGGAACUAAAAGAAAAUUAGUUCAUCAAAGUCAGUAUGCGACUGGACAAUGGAGCUUCGCUCAAUGUCGUAGCAGUCGCAAAAUAGUGCCAAGUGAGAACUUUUUACAAUGUGAAGGACUUGUGUGUACAUAUAUGAAUUAAGCGUUUCACAUUCCAACGAAACUAGGAUUUUUUUUAUUUAAAAUUAUUCUACUCCUCGCCAGCCAUUGAAAUACAAUGUUUGAAAAACUGCUGUGUUGGAAUACUAUGUUCGGAGAAGUUGGGCAAAAUUAGGCUUGACUUUCCAUCCUUUAUGGAGGCAUGAGGGAAUCAUGCAAGCGUGCAUUUAGUUGACUAUCUUCAUACUGCAUGUCUGUUCGACGUUUUUGCCAUGAAGCAGAAUCAAAAUCUACUUACGAGGUCUUGUAUAGGUACUGAUAUUGUACAUCAAACGCUAGCUGUGAAGCUCGUUAAAGAAAUUUUAUUGGAAAUAAAUAGCCAAAGCAAAUGAAAUGCAAGAUAUUUUUAUAGUGCAUAUGUGUAUAAGUUACAACGAUGGACAGUUUUAGUUUGCCUAAUGAAGGCGUCAUUUAUUUUCUUGCAAUGUGCAAACUCAUGGCUGAAUUUAUUUAGUUAUCUGCAAAAAAACUGCAUAGUUUCUUUCUUUCUUACAUUGCAGGAGAGCUUAAAAAUGCAAGAAACAUUUUUCUGUUGUUGAAGAUAAAGAGAAAUGGAUUAAAAUCUUUGAGGAGAUCCAAGUCAUAAACAAAAACAAAGUUAGAAAAA